AUGACAACUGAACUCAUCAUGGUGUCCAAGACUGACAUUGCCUUUGAAAUGAUCUCCACCACUGCCCCUUCCGUUGAGGUGCCUACCAACAAGUUGGGCAACCUCAUUGUCAGCUGGGAACCUGAAUCUGCCGUCAAGAUUCGUGACGAGAUUCUCGAAAAGCGAUUGGAACAACGCAUGCAGUUGGAGGAUGGCAACAGCCCUCUGCCCCGCAAGCCAUUCAUGGUGGGCGUCGUUGGAAUUCCUGGCUCGGGCAAAAGCACUUCUUCGGAAAUUUUGUCGGCAUUUUUGCACGAUUCCAUUGUCAUGCCCUUGGACGGCUACCACACCUCCAUGGCCGACUUGGAGAAGCUCCCCAAUGCCGCAGAUGCCAUUUACCGUCGAGGUGCCCCAGACACCUUUGAUCCUGCCUCGCUUGAAAAGGACUUGGAGCGCAUUGUCAAUGGGAAGGAAUCUCACGUUUCCAUUCCGGGAUUCGACCACCACAAGGGAGAUCCCGAACCCAACCAGCACACCUUUUGCCGCGACGCGCAUUCCAUCGUCAUUGCCGAAGGCAUUUACCUCAUGCAUCAAGGGGAUGGAUGGGAAAAUAUCAAGUCUUACUUUGAUCACAUUGUUUACAUUGAGGUCGAUGUCGACACUUGCGUGGCCCGUCUCAAGGAACGUAACAAGUGCAUCCCCGGAUAUACUCCGGAAGAAAUUGAGAUUCGCUGCGAAGUGGUCGACCGUGCCAAUGCCGAAACCGUGGUCCGAUCCAGCUGCUACGCCAGCGAGAAGGUCCAUACCUUUCAAGCACCCUCCACUCCAGCAGCAGCAACCACAGCAACCACAGUAGUGGCUGCCAUGAGUGCCUAA